AUGUCAGGUGGUGAUGGUGAAAUUGGCUUCCUUGAAUUCACUUACAACAUCAACAUAAAUACGAUUAACGAUGAACUGAAAAAGACUUGGUUGUGCAAAAGGUGUGAAACCAUGAGCCCCAAAUUGAGCCCAACACUGCAUAAGAUAAGGAAAUAUCUUGUGGAAGCCACAGAAGAAGCUUCACUUGCAUACAGCAAGGCUGUGACACGACUUCAAGAAUAUCAAGUGUGGUUGGAGUUGAAAAGAGUUUUUGUGUUAGUUUUACACAAAAAUAGUGUAAAUGCUGGAAACCAUGAGAGCUACACUAGGAUUGCUAUACCACCGCCCUCUUGUCCCAUUAGUGAACCACCGCCAGCCUCCGUACACACGCCACAACCGGCGACGUCACCACAGUACGGAACCGCAACACUCACGCAGAUCUACAACUUGAUUAUUGUAAGAACAGCUCUUUGUUGGGAUUAUCUCUCUACAACGGCUCUUAAUGCCAUAAGAUAUUGGGUGGAUUUAAAAAAUGCUUUAAAGUCCUCUGGAAAACUACAUGGAGAUGUAGAUCCGUCAAGUGUUAAAGAAGAUGACAUGUAUGACCAUAUCACGGAAGAAUCAGCGAGUAUCCGGCUACGUCUCGCCUACCUUUCAGCUGAGGAAGAGAUAUUGAGACCGGCUCUAGAAAGGGAUCUAGCAAGGAACAAAAAACUGGAGAGUUUUAAAUUGAUUGAAUUAAGGAAUAGAGAUCGUCAUAACACAAUCAAAAUCAAUUUGAGAGACCAAUCAGAAGAGAAUGCAAUUUGUCUUAUAGAUAUUCAUCUAUGGAUUGCAUUUAACCUGAGAACCUUGCAUAAAAUAACUAUAAUUUCGGGGAAUACAAAUCAUCAAGCGAUCGGUCGUUACUUACUUAGAAAAUAUGUCAGACUCAAAGAAAACCCGGGCGUUUUUGAAAUCACAUUUUUCUUGAAUAAAAAAGACUACAACUUUGACAAUGAGAUGGACUGGGUUGGUGAUCAAACAAAUAGUUGGCGAUCGGUUUUAGAGGCAUUACUGCGAUGUGGCCAACUUUACGUGGGUGUCAACCAACAAGAUAUCAGAAGAAAUUUAGAAAUUAGAGAUCUUAUUCAAGAUGCAAAACAAAGUGAACGUCGUGCCAAUUUAUUGGACCAAACAAGCCUCUAA